AGCAACUAUGGUCGUCAUUUUAACUGAGGUCGAGCGACUAACCCUUAUCCGUCAACUUGGCUAAUCACGCGAAGUUAAGUCUUCAGCGUUUUUCUAUCUACGCGAAGCUUUCCUUCAAAUUUCCGCCCAUAGUAAACAUGGCGGCGACAACUCUGCUCUGAUUGGUUGAACUUGGGUGCUCGCGGCGCCGAAUGAGAAGGGCUAGGCUCCCAGCAGUGAUCUGGGUGUGGGUUCGGGCUUGAGAAGGUUUUGUGUUUGGGGUUUGCUCGCCCUCCCUUUUUUUGAAGACCGGAGGCCGGCCGCCAGGUGUGGGCGAUUUGAAACCUGAGGCUGAGUUCCUGUUUUCCGUUCUGCCUGCGGGAACCUUUGGGGAAGCGUGGAAGGAAAGGAAGGGCGUGCGCUUGGUGACCGGCCCCUUCCUCUGCUUGGUCGCGGAGUCCCACCCUGCCGUGCUGUGUGGAAUGGUUUUCGGCUCUUCUGGCCGCAGUUUGGUUUGUUAGAAGUGGAAACUGAUGCAUUGAGGGUGGAAAAAAGGUCUUUCCCCUAUCCGCUCUCCAAGGACGCUAAAGAACUUGCAGAUUUGUCUAGUUUCUAGACACGUGUACUGGAAUGUUCAGCGGAAAAUGGCUUAAAUGUUGGAGAAGAGAGCAGGAACUCCUAGCAUUUUAAGGGAUUUGUGUAUAUUUCCUAAACUGACUUUUGACCACCAUCCAACACCGGCAACUUGGGAUUCGUAAGCGUCUCUCGCCAUCCUGCUGCGGUUCCAACAUGUUCUCCUGUUGGUUAAGUCGGCUGUGCAGGGGUUUAUCCACACCCACCGGAAGGGUCACCCACCUGAUCCAGGGCUCUCUCUCCAGAAGGCUGAUGCUCAGUUCACAGAGGAGAAUUCCAGAAUUGAGUAGCUUUGUUGCUCGGACCAACACGUGCGGAGAAUUGCGUUCUUCUCACUUAGGCCAGGAAGUCACCUUGUGUGGAUGGAUUCAGUACAGAAGGCAGAACAUCUUCCUGGUGCUAAGAGAUUUCCAUGGGCUUGUUCAAGUUGUCAUUCCCCAGGAUGAGUCCACUGCUUCUGUGAAGAAGAUUUUAUGUGAAGCCCCAAUGGAGUCUGUGGUGCAAGUAUCUGGGACAGUAAUUUCCCGACCUCCAGGACAAGAGAAUCCAAAAAUGCCAACAGGUGAGAUUGAAAUCAAAGUUAAAUCAGCUCAACUUCUGAAUACCUGCAAGAAGCUGCCCUUCGAAAUUAAGGACUUCGUGAAGAAAACAGAGGCUCUUCGUUUGCAGUAUCGCUACUUAGACUUGCGCAGUUUCCAAAUGCAGUACAACCUGCGACUGAGGUCCCGGAUGGUCAUGAAAAUGCGGGAAUAUCUCUGUAAUCUACAUGGGUUUGUGGAUAUAGAAACACCAACAUUGUUUAAGAGGACUCCAGGGGGUGCAAAAGAGUUUGUAAUACCAUCCAGGGAACCUGGAAAGUUUUAUUGUCUCCCUCAGAGUCCUCAACAGUUUAAGCAGCUUCUGAUGGUUGGUGGUUUAGACAGAUAUUUUCAGGUUGCCCGAUGUUAUCGAGAUGAAGGUUCGAGACCAGACCGACAGCCCGAGUUUACUCAGAUUGUAGAUAUUAGUGAUGUGUUCAGAAACACAAAGGUUGGAUUUCUUCAAGAUGCACUUAGUAAACCACAAGGAACGGUCAAGGCCAUAUGUAUCUCUGAAGGAGCAAAAUACUUAAAAAGGAAGGACAUUGAGUCUCUUAGAAAAUUGGCAGCUGACCAUUUUAAUCAGGAAGUCUUACCUGUAUUCCCAAAAGCCAAUAGAAACUGGAAUUCUCCAGUUGCUAAGUCCAUAAUGGAGGAGCAAAGAUCAGAACUAAUCAGACUGAUGGAGAUCCAAGAGGACGGUGUGGUCCUGCUCACGGCCGGAGAGCACAGGAAAGCAUGCUCUGUUUUGGGAAAACUACGACUGGAAUGUGCUGACCUUCUAGAAGCAAGAGGAUUGGUGCUCCGUGACCCAGCUCUGUUCUCUUUCCUUUGGGUUGUGGAUUUCCCACUCUUCCUCCCCAAGGAGGAAAAUCCUGGCGAGCUGGAGUCAGCCCACCACCCAUUUACUGCUCCCCACCCCAGCGACAUCCACCUCUUACACACUGAACCCAAACAGGUCCGUAGCCAACACUAUGACUUGGUUUUAAAUGGCAAUGAGAUAGGAGGUGGUUCUAUCCGAAUACAUGACGCAGAGCUCCAGCGUUACAUUCUGGCAACACUGCUAAAGGAAGAUGUGAAAUUGCUCUCCCACCUACUCCAGGCUUUAGAUUUUGGGGCGCCCCCUCAUGGAGGAAUUGCCUUAGGUUUGGACAGACUGAUAUGCCUUGUCACUGGAGCACCAAGCAUCAGAGAUGUCAUAGCCUUCCCCAAAUCCUUCCGGGGGCAUGACCUCAUGAGCAAUGCCCCAGAUUCUCUCCCUCCUGAGGAACUGAAGCCCUAUCAUAUCCAGGUCUCCUGGCCAGCAGACUCAGAAGCAGAAAAGAGCUCAUUGAAUCAGCCGUAUCAUCCAGAAAGCUGAGCUUUUCAGCUUUGUCCUCUUUGCUUCCCCAAGGCUGAAAUCAGAUGUGGAGUUCUGCCACAGGUCUGAUAAGUGGGUCUUUAGGUGGAAGGAACCCAGACAACAUUCUUUACCACAGUAAAGAAACAGAAGGUAUCCAAUUUUUACUUGAUAACAUGCAUUAUUAGGAUUUUUUUGUUUGGGACUUCUUUUGUAGUUUCUGACUUGGUGAGGUGUAAAGAUGGCCCUUUCUUGGAGAAUUGAACAGCUUAGUGUUUCUUAAUCAUGUUUUUCAUACCCGGAUAGUUAGUUGUCCACUGAAGACAAAGAUAAUCAGACCAUGUGAAACGUGGGGAAAUGCUUGCCCCUUUAGUCCCUUGAUGGAGGGGUCAGUUCAACCACCCUUAUCAAGAGAAUCCUGUAAAUUAAGCUAGAUAGUGACAUGUUGACUCUCAGCAUAAUAUAGUGAGAAGCAGCAUGAUACAAUGCAAAAAAAAAAAAAUCACUGAAAUGGAAAUCACAGAAUCUUAAUGUUUCACCUUGAACAAGUUACA